UCGGCUCUACUGCAGGGCUCUGCCGCCCUGGGGGGCUUGGGUGCCGUGUUGCUUGGGCACCAUGGUGCUUAAAAUCGCCAUGUUAGCAUUGUGGUGGAGUUGCCAAAGCGCAAGUCCUCCAGAAGUCUGCUUAGAUGGGCCCGUAAGUCUCCUUCAAUGGUCGCGUCCGAGUACCGAGUUGGACGAUGACACCUUUGGAGCCUUCGUGCCUGUGGAUGGAGGUACUGGCCGCACCUGCAGGGCUGUGGAGGCCGAUGAGGCCGCCAAUACCGACACCGACAGGGAGAUCUUUUCCGCGGCCAAUAUCGGUGCCUGCAAGAUGUUGUGUCAAGGGACGCUCGGCUGUGUGGGCAUUAACUACCACGCGCCCUCGACGCACUGCGAGCUCUGGAGCUCGGUCGAGUUGACGAGUGAAGCUUCUGUGAACCAUACCUGCCUGCGUUUCGCCCAGGACGCGGACUUCUUGCCCGUCCACGGUGGCAGCCAUCGUGCCUGCGGGGAGGACGCGGAGCACGCAUACUUGGUGGAGAAGUCCCUUUCUCUAAGUCAUUGCAAGAUGUCAUGCAAAGAAAACAAGACCUGCGUGGGGGUGGAGUAUGGGCGUGGCGGUUCCUGCAAGCUGUGGACGAGUUUCAUGGACGUCCAGUCUUCAGUGCAAAGGGAUGGCUCCACCUGCCUCAAAAAAGAGUUCACUCAUGUGGACAGCGAGAAAGGGGUGGCCUGCGCAAGCUCCGACCACGAGCCCAAAUCCAUCAUGCAGAUUUCAGUCACGAGCUUGGAGGCGUGCAAAGAGACCUGUCGGCAAACGCUCGGUUGCAUGGGCCUGGACUUCAGUGUCGGCCGAUGUGACAUUUGGACGGGCUUGGGUGGAAUACAAGCAGGUGAAGAAAUCGAAGACCACGUGUGCUUAAGACACCAUGGACACUUGGCGCCCCCUGCUGCCAGCGAGAAGCAGCGGAAUGCUCGCUUCUUGAUUAGAGCCACCUUCGGCCCCACAUUGAAAAGCCUUGAGGAGCUGAAAGUGGGGGAAGAUGCCUGGAUCGACGAGCAAAUGGCACUUCCACCAAGCCUUCAUCGCGCCUACUACCGUCAGCGGACGAACCCUGGGCAUACCUUAGCCACGGCACAGUCGGUUGAGUGGCGCUCGAGGUGCUCCAGAGGAUCCAGGUGGGCCAACUACGCCAUUCUGCCGCAUGAUCACCAGCAGCCCAUCACGGUGGAGAACAACCAGAUCUUCAUCAAUGGCUCGUUUCGCAGCGACAUUGAUGUCAACUAUGCGCAGAAUGGUCUGCAACCACCGCUGAGGUGCAGCGAAUUGCCUCCGACAGAGUACCAGGAGAAGAAAGUGUCCUGUGCCAGCCAACGUUUGGAGAUGUUGAGAAACAAAAGGUGCAACCAGGAUCCCGUCUGGGUGGAGGAUCAGAGCUGCCAGCAAUCCUGCUUCGACAUCGGUCUCCCUUAUUCGGGCGACGAUUGCUCUUUGGGUUGGGCCUCCUUCCGCUUCACGGGCUACGUUUGUGACUCCGAACCUUUUGUAGGAGGGAUGGUGCAGUUGAGCCAGAAUGAAGACUGCGUUGUCACCGUGCGCUUGUUGAAUCCUCGAGUCUGGAAGUCCGACGCAAAUGUGGUCAGUGGUGGCAUGAGCUUCGACAUCUUCAAGCCUGGCAUCUUGCUGUUGAACGAGACCAAAAUGGAGUGCAACUUAGGGCGAAUGAUUCGUGCAGACGUGGAGGAGCCAGGCCGCUUCUACGUGCUCGACGACCGGCUCGAGCUGCUGGAGAACACCUUGUCAUCCCCGACGACAAGGAACAGUGCAGGGUCCAGCUGUUCAACAGUGCCCAGGAGCUUUCUCAAUGAGGACUCUUGCAGGUUGCUGCCAGGCUGCAGCCCUUUGACGCAAGAGCUCUUGUUGGUCCCACUGACGGUGGAGCAUCUCUCGCAAUUCCACACAGUUGGGGGCAGGUAUGUCUACGUGGUCUCUGGUUUGCGUGCCACUGCUUCGCCGUGUGACAAGAUCUCCAGGUGGAAGAAACUGAGCUGUGGCGCAGGCUGCACAGCAUCCUCCCUGGAGGGCGGAAUUGGCGAGCAGUUGUCACUUGCAUUGGCGAACGAGGAGCAGCAAGGAGAUGUGCGUGACAUCGACGUCUUUUGCUCGGGAGUGGAUCCGGGCGUGACCGUUCAGGUUCGUGAGGACUUCUUUCAGCACGUCCAUGGAGAUGAGAACAACGUUUACGACUUCACCGAUUGGGUUCUCCAUCAUCCUGGCGGGCCCUCACGAAUCACGCAGUUUGCAAGCACUGGCUUCAUUUUGGCCUUCCCCUCAUGGCAUGGCAUGGACCGGUGGGACCGUGGUUUGGCCGCAGAAGUGGUUCAGCCGAACUUCGUUGGAAGAUAUGGAGAGACGGUCUACUUCCACAACCUCCCAGAGUCCAUGCAGACGCCGACUAUGGCGUCGUUCUUGGGCGAGUCGAAGCAGGAUCUGACGUUCUCAGAAGUCUGUGGCUCUCCUGGGGAAGUUGCCAAUGACCCGUGGCGUGGACACCAGUAUACCUUCCUCCAGGAUCACCAUGGUGAUUCCAACAUCGACGGUGACACCGACUUCGCCAUGAUCGAUAGACUGGGUAAGACGACUGUAUGGACUAUGCAUGCGCUCUAUGCCAAAGACCAGCUGCGCCAACGCAUGGCCUGGGCCUUGGCACAGAUCUACGUCAUUCGUGCACAGCAUGACCCGGAGGUGGAGGCGUGGGUGAACUAUUACGACAUCUUCGUGCGCCACGCCUUCGGGAACCUCCGCGAUAUCCUCCGCGAAGUCACCUACAACGCUGAGAUGGGAGGCUUUUUGAACGCCCGAGGGAACCGGGCCAAGGAUCGCACUGGCAGGGAACCCAACGAGAACUACGCUCGCGAGGUGAUGCAAUUAUUUACCAUAGGCCUUUGGAAACUGAAUCCGGAUGGCUCUUGGAAGUUGAAUGAGGAAGGUGAACCCAUCGCCAGCUAUGGGCAAGAGGACAUCAUGAACUUCGCCCGGGUGUUCACUGGCCUCGACUACAACAUCCGCAGGGGCAAUAUAGAACACACCGACGGUAGGAACAGGAUUGAUCCGAUGAGAAUGAAUGAGUGGCACCAUGACAUCUACCCCAAGACGAACCUCAAUGGCGGCUACCUUGGGGAUGGCUACCCCAUUUGCUCCGAAGCGCCAGAAGGCUCAUUUCUGGCACAGGGCGCGCGCUACAACUUCGUGGGUAAGGAGUUGCCCGGAGAGGAUUUCAAGGUGCUUCGCCUCGAGCCCACCUCCGAGCUCUACCAAGCCCUUUGCUUCGCAAGCUCAGGGAGCUCGGGUCACUGCAGGUACAAUCUCACGGUCCAGUUGGCAGACACGCUGGCUUGUCAUGGAGCGGAAUGCACGCUGGAAGCGAAGGAGGUCAAAUUCCUGAAUGUUUCAGGUGGAUUCUACGAAUAUUUGGAGCCCACUUGUGUGAACUUGUACUUCUUCUCUGGAAUGUACUCACGACACGGGGGCGAAAACUGGGCGACAGACGCCCAAUGCCGCGAUGUGGAGCACGAGAAGAUGGGAUUUGAGUGCUGCGAUGGAUGUUUCAAAUGGUUUCGCACCGAUGAGAUGAGAGCCAAGGGUUUGCAUUGUCAUAGUUAUCGCGCGUGGCCUGAGAUGUAUACAGAGAAGUGCAACCACGACCCUGACUGGAGCUACCAUAAAUAUUGCGAACUCCAUUGUUGGGAGAGGGGAGUUGGCUACGGCUACAACUGCUCCUAUGGUAAAUUCGUUGGGGUACGGCCAUGUCAAUACAGACGCGAGUUUGUGUCCUUCAAGGAAGCCCAGGCGCGUUGCAAAGCGCUGGGGCUGCCCUUGUGUCGGAGGAACCUGCGAGGCAAGGGUUGUGAUUAUGACCGAGCGCAUGUUUGGAUUGACGAAGCAUGCACAGAGCAAGUGGUGGUAUAUCCAGAUGGAACCGUUAGCUCCAAUUCUACGAAGCUCAGCAAGUUCAACCCCUUCUCGGUGAACUGGAAGGAUGGCCGUUGGCCAAAGGUACAGGAGGGAUUUUGCCCAGGUGGUUGCUUUGCGGUUGGAACAGUUUGCUCGUGUAACGUGACGUUGGAAGUUCGACCAGUUUUCGCGACUACUCCCACGGCAUCUGAGCUGGCAAAACUGAAGAUCGGCGCACACCCUCCCACUGAAGAUCGGUGUACCAGCUGUGGUGGUGAAGUGCGUGCCUACGGGUCUGGCGAUGCAAAUACAGUUUUUGAGUAUCAGGGCAACUUCUACAGCAACAAGGAAAAUCUGGUGGUCUUCCACGGCGGCUUUGAGUUCAGAAACCCGCCGGUCUUCAUGCCCAGGAGCGGUGCGCGCCCAAGGCAUGCCUUGGCAGAGGUGGAGGAGCUUCUCGACCAUCUCUUCCACCACCCAAAUACAGCCCCCUUCAUCAGCCGCUUGCUGAUCCAGCGCUUUGGCGCCAGCAGUCCCUCUCAGGAAUACAUCCUUGCUGUGGCCAAUGCAUUCAAGACAGGAAGCUACAAUGGGAAGACCUACUCUGGUCGCUAUGGAGACCUGGCAGCGACCCUUGCAGCGAUUCUGCUGCACCGUGAGGGCGGGUCGCCUUUGGCCCGCACGGAGGGCGCGCUUCGGGAGCCCAUUCUGAAACUGGUUCAUUUGAUGCGCUCGUUGGAGUAUAGAGACCUCAAGGACCGGCCAGUGGUUUUGGGGGACCUCCAGGACUUGAUGGGACAAUUGCCGUAUGCCGCUCCAACGGUCUUCAACUUCUACCAUUCAGACUACCGGCCUGACAGCUUUCCCGAGCGAAUGGCCGCGCCGGAGUUCGAAAUCUUCGACCCACCGAGAAUCGUCAACUUCAUGAAUGGGAUGAUAUCCCUGGUGGACAGUGGGCUGAGCAACUGUUGGCGUGGCUUUGGUCGCCCUGCUGAAGCAUGCAAAGCCGGAGAGUUGGAAGCAGAAAAUUUGGAUUGCAUUGGUGACACGCUCGAACAGCUGGAUUUGCUGCUCACUGGUGGGCGAUUGCAGCAGUCGCAGUCGAUGUUGAAGGGGCGCGCGCUCGUCAAAGACUCCUAUGAGCGUCAUGGGGCGGACCGGUACAAGGCUGCGCAGAAGGCCAUCCUCUUCAGCGCAGAGUUCAACGUGAUCGGCAACCCCUUGCCUCAGGGUCUUCGCCCAGCACUGAAUCCCCAGCCCCCGCAGACUCCCAUGAAGGACUACAAGGCUGUGGUCUUGCUCUAUUUGAGUGGCGGUGUGGACAGUUUCAACAUGUUAGUGCCCAUGGAUUGCCCUCUUUAUGAGGAGUACCUGGAGGCUCGCGAGGACGUUGCACUGGAUGUGGGCGAGCUGCACAAGAUCACUGCCGCAAACCAGGUAUGUUCCACUUUUGGCUUGCGUCCGAUGUUGACCGCUUUCAAGGAGCUGUACGAUGAAGGGCAUUUAGCCUUCGCAGCCAAUGUUGGCUCAUUAGCAGAGCCCGUAAACAAGACAUCCUACCUCCACAGCGACAAGAAGAAGUGCGUGAAUUUGCAUUCUCAUUCCGACCAGACACGCGGAGCAAUGACAUUGAAGUGCCAGAGCAUCUCCACUAAAGCCCGGGGUGGAGGGGGCCGAAUGGCAGACGCCUUGGCAGCAGGGCAGCUUCCCACGAUGUCCUUCUCCAUGGACGGGUAUGCCAUUUGGCCAAGUGGCCGCGAGACCAUCCCGAACAUCGUUGGCACCUCGCAUGUGAGUCUGAGACAGCGAGAGCAGCUACAGGCGGUGGUGGACAACAUCACAAGCAUCCGACAUGGAAACUUCUACUUUGAGGAGUACAACCGACGUGUGGCUGCAGCUUUGCAACUUGAUGCCGACCUCACAAAGUACCUCAGGAACUCGCUCUUGAAGACCAGCUUCGAGGCGAACGAUUUCGACUUGACCCGGCAGCUACGGCAGGUGGCACGGCUGAUUGCGGUGCGGGAGAAGCGGCAAGUGCAACGAGAUGUGUUUUUCGUUCGACAGGAAGGAUAUGAUCAUCAUACCUCAUUGAAAACCUUUUUGGAUCGAAAGUUCAGCGAGUUGAACCAUGCGCUGACGCAGUUCACACAGGAGCUCAAGGCUCAAGGCGUUUUUGAGUCUGUGGUCCUGGCAACACAGUCAGACUUCGCACGGACCUUGACGCCGAACAGCCAGAGGGGCACCGACCAUGGCUGGGCAGGGCAUUAUGUGCUCCUGGGCGGAGGCAUCAAAGGUGGUCAGAUCUUCAACCAGUAUCCCAGCAGCUUGAAACUGGACUCUGAGCUCGACCUAGGUCGAGGCCGCUUGGUCCCAAAGCACCCCUAUGAGAACUUUUUGGUGCCGAUAGCAGAGUGGAUGGGGGUGGAGCUGUCGCAGAUGAAGGAGUCAGUGGAUCUGGGUGAACAGAAGAGAGGUUUGGAAACAUGGGCUGCCCAAGGAUGUGGUCGCUUGUUGGCUUGUUGGCUGACAUGAAACAUAUAGCCUUGCAUGCAACAACAACUAUUGGUCAUAUUUUUUUUUCGACGCGCGGUUUGACAUGGUUUGACGAUCCCAUUCCGCCGAUGCCACGGUCGGGGUUGGAUGUCGCUCGCGGUCGCUCUCGGUCCGUCGGUCGUUUCUACAUCGACCAUGUCUGCCAGUGAAACGUUUGUUUUGAGGAUCACUCUCUGCCUGACAACUGAUGUUUUUUUUGUUUUGUGUUUACUUAUGAAAGACUGAGACUCGUUUUUCUGCAAGGCAUGAUGGGGCACAUGCAAAACGACUCACCCAGUGUUACGAGUGUCCGCCUUCGGUUUGGAUGACCCUGAGGAUGUCUUCCCGAACUUCUUCAGAUUCAAUCGAAGCAACCACAUUCAGGUUUCAGAUUUGUUCCGGAGCUGAUGCCGAACAAAUGAGGAUUUGAUCCGUUCCCGAUUUGCAGUAAUUUGCGGAAUUUUAUCCGAUGCCCUAGAGGUCUCAUGCCGCGACAAGCGGCACCUGUUGUAGCACGAUGCCGGUCCAAUGCUGAAGCGGCUUCGAGACUGUGAGUCGGCAUGAGUCGGCCACUUCCGUGAUUCUCCACGGAUCGUGCAGAAACCAUGUCACACAUCGUGCGGCUUCCAGAGAAGUCACAUCAUCAAGCGAUAUUUGUGGUGCGUCACACAUUUGGUUCCCGUCCUCCACCAAAAAAGGCAGUCCGAGAAUCCCAAGAAUCUGAUCAGAACUAUUUGUCGGCGCCCAAAGGACAAGAGACACGUCCUGAAGAGGAGAUCUGAUAGAAAUUCAAUCAUGCUCAACGGUGAUGCUACCUGUUUUGCGGAUGUUUCCAUGCGUUGAUGAACCAUUCUUUUGCAUCACGGGACGGGAUAUGGUGGGCCAUCCCAGAGUGUCAGACUUCUCAUUCCGGUUGUGGCAGGUGAGGAGACGGAGCACAAAUGCAAGCAAACACGCCUUUAGGAACAAUGUGACAGCCACUUUGUUUGGCCGCGGGCUUGGUGUGGCAGUGCCCGGGUAGGAGUUUGUUGUUUUCUUUAGGUGAUAUGACACAGCAUGCCUGGCAAGUCUUUCCCCCAGGUGAGCA